CAUUUGGAGAACCUAGAUAAAAGUUAACUUUACUUCAUCUUCUUCAUGAGGGGUUAACACAAAAAAUCCUAGCAAGAACACACACCCAUUAGCAGCAUUUCUGACCAAAACAACCCCAUCCCCACCCUAACCUUCAGCACCUUUACAACACACAAAUCUCCAACGCUUCAGCUUUUUCUUCCUCUUCCUGAAAAACAAAAAAACCUAACGCUAGAGACCUGAGAUCAGCGAAAAAUACAAAAAUAGAUCCCUAGACUUGGACUAUCAACCGUUUUUCACAAUAAAAGACAAACAAAAAUCUGUCCAUCUUCCCAUCUCUUGUGAAUCAAAAUCCUUAAUCCCCUUCUCAAUUGAUUUAUGCACUUUUUCUGGUAUUAAACUUAAAAAUCCCAAAUUUGAGGCAAAUUUUUUUCAGUAAUGGAAUGAAUAGGCCCAAAUAGAAAUAGUGUAGAAUUGUUAUAAAUGAUUUAUACAGCUUAUCCCAAUUAGUUUGAGAUUAAGCUUCUGUUAAUUCAUUCGCGUAAAUGUGUGGGAUCCGAGAGGAAUAAAUUAGUUUGAUCCAUGGCUAAUGAAGCUUCUUCAUCGACUUCGUUUCCCGUUGAUGCAGAAGAUGAGAUACUGAUGCUCUAUGGGCUUGAAUCUGGUUGGGUUGAGCCCCUAAGCCACUGUGAUCACCUGACUUCUUUAUCCUCCGAUCUCUCUCAUAUUCCAACUCCAGACACUCAUUGCAACAGUUGCCAACGACCCUUGAAUCAGAUUUUUGCUCACUUUUCGUCGAAUUGGUCGUGGUCGUCGACACGGUCUCCGCCUCGGAUAGAUUCUUGGGUUCAAUUUGGUCGGCGAUUUUCUUUUGCAAUUCAUCCGUGGCUGGCAUUGUGUAACCGAAAGUUUUGCUCACAAAGGUACACUAUCCUGAACCACAUUGAUGUAAGCUCGUUGAAGUUUGAAAGGAAAUGUCGAACACAUUUAUUGUUCAAUUGAGGACUGCCUGCAUUUUAAUUGAUGUUAGUUUA